AUGGCGGAUUCGGAGAAGCCUGCCCGUGCAGGGUCGGAUGAUAUUCCAUAUGACACCGAAAGCGCCAUGACGAUUGCCGGCUCUGAAACUCCACCACAAGAGUCGUCGGAGAUCAAAAGCAACAGCUGGGGUAUGCUCUCGCGUCUCCAAGAAGACAAUGCCCGGAACCUGGCUUCAGGGUUCAAACAGCAAACGCUCGGUGUGACCUGGAAGGAUCUAUCUGUACAGGUUACCAGUGCCGAAGCGGCGGUCAACGAGACGGUCCUAUCGCAGUUCAACAUUCCCCAGAAAAUCCAGGAUAGCCGCAGAAAACCUCCUCUGCGGACCAUUGUUCGAGAGAGCCACGGAAAUGUCCGACCUGGAGAAAUGCUCCUCGUUCUGGGUCGACCGGGGUCUGGUUGUUCGACAUUGUUGAAAAUGCUCGCUAAUAAGCGCGGGGGGUAUAAAUCCGUGGAAGGUGAGAUACGGUUUGGCUCGAUGAACACCAAAGAAGCCGAAAAUUAUCGCGGUCAGAUUGUUCUCAACAGCGAGGAAGAGAUCUUCUUCCCAACUCUUACCGUCGGCCAAACCAUGGACUUUGCAACCCGCCUCAAGGUCCCCUUUAACUUGCCGGAGGGCAUGACUGCCUCGGAGUAUCAGCAGGCAUCAAAGAAGUUCCUUCUUGAGUCUGUCGGAAUCUCCCAUACCGAAGACACCAAGGUUGGAAACGAAUACGUCCGUGGCGUGUCAGGAGGAGAGCGCAAGCGAGUGUCGAUUAUUGAAUGCAUGGCUACUCGAGGAUCCGUUUUCUGCUGGGAUCAAUCGACUCGUGGUCUUGAUGCUUCCACUGCCCUCGAAUGGGCCAAGGCUAUUCGAGCCAUGACCGACGUCCUUGGUCUCACGACAAUCGUCACUCUUUAUCAGGCCGGUAACGGUAUCUUUGACCUCUUUGAUAAAGUGCUCGUACUCGAUGAAGGAGAACAAAUUUACUACGGUCCUAGAGAACAGGCCCGUCCAUUCAUGGAGGAUGCCGGUUUCAUCUGCCUCGAGGGUUCCAACGUCGCCGACUACCUCACUGGUGUGACCGUUCCGACCGAGCGACGUAUUCGCGAUGGCUACGAGAACCGCUUCCCUCGCAACGCAGAGGCUCUUCGUGCCGAGUAUGAAAAGUCACCAAUUUAUGCUCAGAUGACAGCUGAAUACUCUUACCCCGACUCUGAUGUCGCUCGUGAACGGACCAGGGAGUUCAAGGAGGGUGUCGCUUUCGAGACAUCCAAGAAGCUUCCUAAUAAUAGUCCUUUCACUGUUGGCUUUGUUGAUCAGGUCAAGAUUUGUGUUCAACGUCAAUAUCAAAUCAUUUGGGGUGACAAGGCCACUUUCAUCAUUAAGCAGGUCGCUACACUGGCUCAGGCGCUAAUUGCAGGAUCCUUGUUCUACAAUGCCCCUGAUAACUCUGGCGGCCUCUUCGUCAAGUCCGGUGCACUAUUCUUUUCUUUGCUGUACAACAGUCUGCUUGCGAUGAGCGAGGUUACCGAGUCUUUCUCUGGAAGACCAGUUCUCAUCAAGCACAAAAGUUUCGCCUAUUUCCACCCGGCUGCAUUUUGCUUGGCCCAGAUUGCUGCUGAUAUCCCUGUUUUACUUUUCCAAAUCUCGAUGUUUGGCUUGGUUGUCUACUUCAUGGUUGGACUUACCAUGUCGGCCGGUGCCUUCUUUACUUAUUGGAUUGUCGUUUUCACCACAACAAUGGCUAUGACUGCACUAUUCCGUGCUGUCGGUGCUGUCUUUUCAACCUUUGAUGGUGCUUCCAAGGUCUCUGGUUUGUUAAUCAUGUGUACAGUUCUUUACACUGGAUAUAUGAUCCAAAAGCCGAAGAUGCACCCUUGGCUUGGCUGGAUUUUCUGGAUUGAUCCACUUGCUUAUGGAUUUGAAGCGUUGCUAGCUACCGAGUUCCAUGGAAAAAGCAUUCCAUGCGUUGGCACCAAUCUCAUUCCUACUGGCCCCGGAUAUGAAAAUGCCCAAGACCAUCAAUCUUGCGCUGGAGUUGGCGGUGCCAUCCAAGGCCAAAACUUUGUACUUGGUGACAAUUACCUGUCAUCUCUUUCAUACAGUCAUUCUCACGUCUGGCGCAACUUCGGUAUCAACUGGGCCUGGUGGGCACUGUUUGUUUUCCUUACCAUCGUUGCGACCUCGAGGUGGAAGUCAGCAUCCGAGUCUGGCAACACACUGGUCAUCCCCCGCGAAUAUCUUCACAAGCAUCUCCAGAAUCAGAAGAAGGAUGAAGAGGGCCAGGCAUCUUCUAAGGCUAUCACUGAGGGCAGCGAAGAGCCUACCGACAUCGACAACCAACUUGUGAGAAACACUUCGGUCUUCACAUGGAAGGACCUGUCCUACACUGUCAAGACACCGACCGGCGAUCGAGUCCUUCUCGAUAAGGUUCACGGAUGGGUGAAACCUGGUAUGCUAGGUGCUCUCAUGGGCUCCUCUGGUGCAGGAAAGACGACACUUCUGGAUGUUCUUGCUCAGCGUAAGACUGAGGGCACUAUUCACGGCUCUAUCAUGGUCGAUGGCCGCCCACUGCCUGUCUCGUUCCAACGUUCCGCCGGUUAUGUUGAGCAACUCGAUAUUCACGAGCGGAUGGCAACUGUCCGCGAAUCAUUGGAGUUCUCCGCACUUCUUCGUCAACCUGCCCACAUUCCCCGCUCCGAGAAGUUGGCCUAUGUCGAUGUGAUUAUUAACCUUCUCGAACUCCAUGAUUUGGCCGAUACUAUGAUUGGUAGCGUCGGAGCUGGUUUGUCUGUUGAACAGAGAAAGCGUGUCACUAUUGGCGUUGAGCUUGUUUCUAAGCCUAGUAUUCUGAUCUUCCUGGAUGAACCUACCAGUGGUCUUGACGGCCAGAGUGCUUACAAUACUGUUCGCUUCUUGAGGAAGUUGGCAGACGUUGGACAAGCUGUCUUGGUUACUGUGCACCAGCCCUCUGCUCAGCUGUUUGCUGAAUUUGAUCAACUUCUUUUGCUUGCCAAGGGAGGUAAGACCGUCUACUUUGGUGAGAUUGGAGAGAAUGCCGAAACACUUAAGGCCUACUUCUCACGUUAUGGUGCACCAUGUCCUCCUGAGACCAACCCUGCCGAGCAUAUGAUCGAUGUCGUUUCUGGUCAAAUGAGCCAAGGCCGAGAUUGGAACAAUGUCUGGCUCGAAUCACCCGAGCACACCAAAAUGCUUAAGGACCUUGAUUCGAUCAUUCAAACUGCUGCUUCCCUGCCCGCUGGAACCAAUGAUGAUGGCCGGGAGUUUGCUACUUCUCUCUGGGAACAAACCGGACUCGUCCUCAAGCGUACCUCAACUGCCCUAUUCCGAAACAGUGACUACAUUAACAACAAGUUCGCACUUCACAUUUCUUCGGGUUUGUUUGUUGGCUUCAGCUUUUGGAUGAUCGGCGACUCAGUUGGUGACCUACAACUGACGUUGUUCUUCAUCUUCAAUGCCAUCUUCGUUGCCCCUGGUGUCAUUAACCAAUUGCAGCCGACCUUCCUCGAGCGCCGAGACCUGUUUGAAGCACGCGAGAAGAAGGCUAAAAUGUACUCGUGGAAAGCGUUUGUAUUUGCUCUGGUUGUCUCUGAGAUCCCAUAUUUGAUUAUUUGUGGUGUUCUCUUCUUUGUCUGCUGGUAUUGGACCGGUGGUAUGGCAACUGAGGCCAGCAAGAGUGGAUCCAUGUUCACGGUGUUCCUCUUGUAUGAGUUCUUGUACACUGGAAUUGGUCAAUUCGUUGCUGCUUAUGCCCCUAACGCCAACAUGGCUGCCAUGAUCAACCCCCUUGUUCUGGGUACCUUAAUCUCCUUCUGUGGUGUCCUUGUUCCUUACGCCCAAAUCCAAGCCUUCUGGAGAUACUGGAUGUACUACCUCAACCCAUUCAACUAUUUGAUGGGAAGUAUGCUGGUAUUCGGUCUCUUUGACAAAAAGGUGCAGUGCUCAGAAGAAGAGUACGCACUCUUCACUGCCCCAAACGGAACAACUUGUGGUGAAUAUCUCGCCGACUACAUGCAAACCAUUGGAGCUCGCAUGAAUCUGCUGGACCCCGAUGCUACCGAAUGCCGUGUGUGCCAAUACACUCGUGGAUCCGAUUAUCUGCAGACAGUCAAUCUUCUUGACUACUACUAUGGCUGGCGGGAUACUGCUCUCGUCGGUCUUUUCGUGGUUAGCUCUUAUGCUCUUGUCUUUGGUCUGAUGAAACUCAGAACUAAGGCCUCCAAAAAGGCUGAUUGA